AUGGGACAUGACAUGAGGAGAAUGAUACUCAAGCUGACCUCAGGCUUCCGUAGAAUUCCCGCCGGAAAGUGGCCUGGCAACUUCAGACCUCCACAUAUCGGUCUGUUCCCGGGAACCUCAGAACUGGGGUCCGUCCUGAACCCCAAAAUUUUUGUCCUUUGGGCCUUUGAUUCGCAAUUCCAGCAGCAGAAGACGGAGCACUGGGUAACAAUGGACAACCCGAUGUCUCAUUGGAUUCUGAGAAAACGAGAGAACGUAGUGGUACGGGUAGCCUGGGAUUUUUUCGCCUCUCUUGCAAUUCAGCUGGGGAUCAUAAGCAAACGCGAUGUUCUGGAUCUUGGACAGAAAACAUAUGUCUCCAGCGUCGCCGAGCGCUAG